AUGCAGUACAGGAUGUCUCUACCAGUGGAGAGAAAACUUCUGAGGAGCCCUACUCCAGCUGUCAUCUUGAGAGAGAAGGCAACUGAUUUGAACAAUGUUCUGAUAAAGGAGAUAGGUGGAAAGCCUACAGAAGAUGAGGGUAUCUCCUUGUUGGGGGGCAGUAAGAAUAAGCAAGAUGUGACAAAUGAUAAGGGGAAGGAAAUAUAUCUUCAAGAACAAGCACAAAGCGCAGCGCUGGUGGGGUUAACAAGCAAAGAACUGAGGCAAUCAUCAAAUGGGGGUGAAAGUAAUAUGUGUCUUCUGAUUAGGCAAGCUUCUCCACCAACUGGAGAUUCCACUUUUUUUAUAGAUCAUCAAUUGGUGUCAGAUGGUGAAAUAGAUGAAACAGGUGGAUCACUGGAGAAAGAAGAGGAAGAGCUUCAGCCUGAUUUGGAGAUGCUCAACUCUUCUGUGUGCCAGACUACACUGGUAGUUCCUCAAGGGGCAAAGACUAGAUCAAGAUCUAGUUGUAGUGAGGUGCUUGUGGUGUUGCCACGUGUCCCCGACACCGAGGACAUCAGGGACUUAAGGUGCCGCCGCAUGUCCUCAGCACUAAAGUCAUCAGGAGUUCGAAGUCACCUCUAUUUCCCAUAUUGCGACACGUGUCAUUUGUGCGAUUUGCUCUCCCAGGGUCUACUUUUUGACGUCACCUUGGCUCUAGAACCUUGA